AUGAACUUAACAAUUGACCAAGCUAUGACCACGGUGCAUCUGUCAGCGGAGCGCAUGGCCGCCGUGAUGGCGUUUCAGGACGGCGAGUGCAGUGGCAUGUGGCCAUUCCUUGGCCUGGCUGGACUGCGUGUGACGCUCACAUCGAGGUGCUUCGUAUACUUGACAUGGCCCACGGGGCUUCGGCAGCUGGUCGACGACGCCAACCACGCCGACUUGGCGCAUGGUGGGCGCCCCACACGGAAGAAAGCGUGUUGA